AUGCCUGCAUCCUACGCCCGCGAGCUCGAGGUGGCCCAGCUGGCCGUCCAGCGUGCCGCCAUCCUCACCAAGCGGGUCUUCCACGAGAAGGCCAAGGGUACCGUCUCCAAGGACGACAAGUCCCCCGUGACCAUCGGCGACUUCGGCGCCCAAGCCCUCGUCAUCGCCGCCCUGAAGGCCAACUUCCCCGACGACGAGAUCGUCGCCGAGGAGGAGGCUUCCCAGCUGCGCCAGGAUGCCGCGCUGCGCCGCACCAUCUGGGACCUCGUCCGGACCACCCAGCUCUCCGACCCCGCCGCUGAGGCUGCGCUGGGAGGUCCUAUCCGCGACGAGGACGCGAUGCUGACCUUCAUCGACUUCGGGAACAGCAAGGGGGGCGCCCAGGGCCGCAUAUGGGCGAUAGACCCUAUCGACGGUACCAAGGGCUUCCUUCGUGGGGGGCAGUACGCCGUCUGUCUUGCCCUGCUGGUGGAUGGCGAGGUGAAGGUUGGUGUUUUGGGGUGCCCGAACCUGCCUGUGGACGAUGCCGCCCCUUUGACGGGGGGCAUGGAGUCCGGCCAGACAGACGAGGGCAGGGGCAGCAUAUUCUCGGCGGUGCUCGGCCAGGGAGCCAACAGCCGGCCGCUGACAGCGGGCGCCCUAGCCCCGGCGAAGAGCAUCUCGAUGCGAGCGAUCGCCGACAUCACCGCCGCGACCUUCUGCGAGAGCGUCGAGGCUGGUCACUCUUCUCACGGAGACCAGGCCAAGAUCGCGAGCAUACUCGGCAUCACGAACCCGAGCGUGCGCAUGGACUCGCAGGCCAAGUACGCCUCCAUCGCGCGCGGCGCCGGCGACAUCUACCUGCGCUUGCCCGUCAGUGCCACGUACACGGAAAAGAUAUGGGACCACGCCGCCGGCGACCUCAUCGUCCGGGAGGCUGGUGGCGCCGUGACCGACAUCUACGGCAAGCGCCUGGAUUUCACCAUCGGCCGGACGUUGUCGGGGAAUAAGGGCGUUGUAGCUGCACCCGUCGCCGCCCACCCGCGAGUGCUCGAAGCGGUCACUGAGGCACUGGCGAAGGCGUAG